CGCACACACGUACGCCGCCGCCGCCGCCGCCUCCGCGGCCACCGCCCGCACGCCCGCGACGGCCUCCUGCCGGCAGUCAGCCGGAGGCGAGUCAGCGGCGUCGCACGGCUGCCCGCACGCGGCAUCUUCUCUAGGGACCGCAUCCAGCAACAGCGACGACCUACGGGCGGCGGCAGAGAGCGCGUUGCGCACCUGCUUGUGGCGAACGGCGGGGACCUCUACCGGACCGGACCAAACGCGGACCUGCUACCUGAACUGUAGCAGGCAAUAGGAGAGGCGGCGAGCAUCUCCUGGAGCUUGAGUGCAUACUGCUGACUGAGGGAUCAAGCAAGCAAGCUUCCUGCCGUAUUGUGGCCAUGGCAAAGUCCAAAGAACAUAGUAUCAUGGAGGCAUAUGAAGCAACAUUUGAGUCACAGCCAUCUGUUUCUGGAGCUGAGAGGAAACCUACAUCAGGUUUUAUGAUGGAAUUGUAUGAAUUCACAGAAGAUACCAACAUCACUACACAGAAAGAGGGACGUAUUCUCCGUCCGACAAGCAUUAAUCAGGUGAACUUCAUCCCAGGAAGUAAGAAUAAGUUAGGGCACAUUCAGUUGAAGGACAAGAAAGGGAAGAAAGCCCAAGAAGCAAAGUUUUGGACCAAAGAUUAUGGGGAACUUACUCAUAUCAAGGAAGUGGUCAAUAGAGGCUUAACUUUGAAACAUGAGGCUAUCUUAAAGCCGUUGGCAUGUGCUGACAAUGAGCAGCUGCUCAAGUUGGUUGUUGCUUGUACAAAUUUUGAUCUCACCCUCCAAGAUUGGUUGGACAAAAAUAGUGCUACAGCAAUUCCAGCAGGUGAUUACCUUUCCAACCAAGGGAAGCAUAUUGUGAGAUCAGGAUUGAGACUCAUUGAGUAUUUGUGGGAAAGGGGUUACAUAUGUGUUGAGCUGGAUAAGCCAAGCACUUACGUGAUGGUUGGUACCACCCUGAAAAUUCUUCCAUUUUACAUCCGUAAAAGGCUUGCUACGGAGGGUGAUGACAACAUGAAGGUGGAGCUGAGAGGGAAAUUUGCUGACAUGCUGGAUAAUCAUAUUGCUGCUCUUUGGAAUGAUCCAGAACUUCAAGAGCUCACCAGCUUGAUGAGGAAUCCAAACGCAAGUUUUGACCUCAUCAUGGGGCAUCCAGUGCUGGCCAGUCCUGUGGAACGUCAAGUAAUGUACCGAAGUGCUUACUACCCAUACAUGACUGAGGACCAGCUAACAGCAUUGCGGGAAAAAGCCUCUGUUGACGCUAACUGGGUUCAGAGAGUAAGAAAUUCAUCAGAUCUAGCUUUAACGGAAAUCGUUAAAGAUGGUUUUGAUCCAGAUGCUGUAGGGGCACUACACUUUGCCUCAGUUGUAUCGUGCCACUACAUUACAAGGCGGAAGAAUGCUGAUCCGGGUAAUGGUGAUGAAUUGGAGCACUGGUGUCUACUCCAUACGAUUGCUGAUCAUUCUCAUUAUCUCCACCAUCAUCAUGGUGAUAUUAGGAUCUUCAUUCUGAUCUUGACCAGCUCCAGAUACAUAAUAAGAAAAAGCAAAAGUCAAUACAAGAUACUCCCUCCCUCCUUGAAUACAAGGGAUUCUGGCUUUUUUCAGGCAGAUUAAGGAGAAGAACAAAAGACUAAUAUGCCCCUAAUUAAAGUAUUGAUGGUAUGUGUAUUGGCUUGGUUAUUGGGUUGUCGUUUCUGUCUCCCAUGCAUGCAUGCACAUUGUUGCCAUCUCUGGCUGCAUGCAUGCAGUUUUUUUAGUGCUGGCGGAGGGAGGGAGUAAGAUUUAAACAACCAUAAACUAAGCAAG